AGAUCUUUUAAUAGAUCCUCCUCUUCAACUGUGUUUUUCCCCAUUUUGUUUCUGCCAAUUCGAAAGAUUGAUAAGAAGACACCUUUUCGAGUCUGUCUCGGCUAUUUCGGUUUCAGCAGUUCCCCUGCUUUUUCUUUCUAGUGACAGAAAUACGUGCAGCAAGAUUUUCAUCCCUUACCAUCAUAGGUUAUUUCUAAGAGGCUCCAGGAAGAUCAGGAUCAGCAUGGCAUCUCGUGACAGCAAUACAGCCGGGGAACAUUUCGCUGCACAGUUGCUGAAAUCGGUGAAUGAAUAUCGAGUGAAACACGGAGCAGGGCCGUUAACCCUGAACGCAGCAAUGAGUGAGAAAGCUGAGAAGUGGGCAACGUAUCUGGUCGCUUCCAGGACAUUGAAGCACAGCGACACACCGUAUGGGGAGAAUAUCUGGUGUCAGCAAGGCUCUGGCAGUCUCCAGGUCACAGGAAAGGAAGUUGCAGAUUCUUGGUACAAUGAAGUUAAAAAAUAUAACUUCUCUUCUCCUGGAUUUCAAAAGAAUUGUGGCCAUUUUACACAGUUGGUUUGGAGAGAGUCCAAGGAGAUGGGGGCUGGCCUGGCAUCAGAUGGCAAAGGUCUCACCAUCGUGGUGGCCCAGUUUGACCCAGCCGGUAACAUCACCAACCCUGGCUACUUUGCUGAAAACGUCCUGCCAGUUGGAAGUAAAGUGAAGGAGGACGAGAGUGGUUCGGCACAAGGAGACAGUGGGGAACAUUUCGCUGCACAGUUGCUGAAAUCGGUGAAUGAAUAUCGAGUGAAACACGGAGCAGGGCCGUUAACCCUGAACGCAGCAAUGAGUGAGAAAGCUGAGAAGUGGGUGAAGCAUCUGGUCGCUUCCAGGACAUUGAAGCACAGCGACACACCGUAUGGGGAGAAUAUCUGGUGUCAGCAAGGCUCUGGCAGUCUCCAGGUCACAGGAAAGGAUGCUGCUGACUCCUGGUACAAUGAAAUUAAAAAUUAUGACUUCUCCUCUCCUGGAUUUCAGAAGAAUUGUGGCCAUUUUACACAGUUGGUUUGGAGAGAGUCCAAGGAGAUGGGGGCUGGCCUGGCAUCAGAUGGCAAAGGUCUCACUAUUGUGGUAGCCCAGUUUGACCCCGCCGGUAACAUCACCAACCCUGGCUACUUUGCUAAGAAUGUCCUGCCAGUUGGAAGUAAAGUGAAGGAGGUCGAGUGCAGUUCGGUGCAAGGAGACAGUGGUAAGGCACCAGAAACAGGCAACGUGGCACCACUGCCAGACAAGGGAAUAAAAGCAUUUCACGCUGAACUACUUCAAGAACACAACAGACUACGGGCCCUACAUCAGUCACAGCCUCUCCAGUUAAACUCUGACCUCUCCAACCAAGCACAGAAAUGGGCAGAUCAUCUCAUUGAGAUCCAUCAGCUCCAGCACAGUAACACCGAGUACGGAGAGAACCUCUGGUACAAAUGGAGCAUUGAGGCAAAGCCACCAACAGGAACUGAAGUGAGUGAAUCCUGGUACAACGAAAUCAAGAAAUACAACUUCAGUUCUCCUGGUUUUAAGAGUGGAACAGGCCACUUCACCCAGAUGGUGUGGAAGGAAUCACGUGAGAUGGGUGCUGGCUGUGCUACAGAUGGGAAGGGUAUGUUCAUGGUGGUGGCAGUCUACAAUCCACCAGGAAAUAUCACCAAUCCCGGAUACUUCGAGAAAAACGUGUUACCUCCCAGUUAAAAACUAACUGAGGAGGAAGAGGAAUGGGGUCAAAUGCCAAACAUUGUACUAGUGUAUACUGAUGAUUGAAUGGGAUUGCUUGGAAUUGCAUUUGGAGCUUAAUGAGAAAUUUAAAUAAGAUUGUUUUCCAGGUUUUGGGUGGAUUUUACCAUGAUAUAUUUUUAACAAGAUCGUAUAACAGAAGAUUGCCUACCCCUGAUUUCUUUUUUCUAUUCAUUCAUGGGAUGUGGGUGUCACUGGCUAGGCAAGCACAUAUUGCCCAGAGGGCAGUUAAGAG